GCCCGCCUUCUUGGCUGCGGGGUGACACGGGGCUUCGCCUUGGGAAGGGGGCGAGGGAAGCAGUUAGACGGCGGCGGGGCGGCGGCUGCGGCGCGGCACCCAAUAUUUAUUUAAUUGCCCAACUACCACCGAUGAAGAGAUGUUGGAGUGACUGCUGAAAUUGCCUUUUUGUUUUUAACCAGAGGACGGUCCAUUUGUUUCACUUCUUUUUGCUUUCCUUACUGCUAUGAGCUUUACUGUAACGGCUGAAAAACUUGGAAAAUAAAAUGAACAUGCUGUAGUCUUGAACAUAAUUUUUUUAAGGAAACUUAAAGUGCCAGAGUGAAAAGCCAGAAUGGCAUCCAGAGAGAGGCUCUUUGAACUUUGGAUGCUUUAUUGUACAAAGAAAGAUCCAGAUUACCUGAAGCUAUGGUUGGACACUUUUGUUUCUAGCUAUGAACAAUUUUUAGACGUUGACUUUGAAAAGCUGCCUACCAGGGUAGAUGAUAUGCCUCCAGGAAUAUCUCUGCUUCCUGAUAAUAUUCUGCAGGUUCUGAGGAUCCAGCUGCUACAGUGUGUUCAGAAAAUGGCAGAUGGGUUAGAGGAACAACAGCAAGCCUUGUCAAUUUUGCUUGUCAAGUUCUUCAUUAUUCUUUGCAGAAAUCUAUCAAAUGUGGAAGAAAUUGGGACUUGCUCGUACAUUAAUUAUGUCAUCACCAUGACAACGCUCUAUAUUCAGCAAUUAAAAAGCAAAAAAAAAGAGAAGGAAAUGGCCGAUCAGACAUCUGUUGAAGAAUUUGUGAUCCAUGCAUUGGCAUUUUGUGAAAGCUUAUAUGAUCCAUAUCGGAAUUGGAGACAUAGAAUUUCAGGACGAAGCCUUAGUACUGUGGAAAAGAGCAGACAGAAAUAUAAACCAGCUUCUCUCACAGUGGAAUUCGUCCCUUUCUUUUAUCAAUGUUUUCAGGAAAGUGAACAUCUCAAGGAAAGUCUUAAAUGUUGCUUAUUGCAUCUUUUUGGAGCCAUUGUAGCCGGUGGGCAGAGGAAUGCUUUACAAGCAAUUUCUCCAGCCACUAUGGAAGUUCUUAUGCGAGUUUUGGCAGAUUGUGAUUCCUGGGAGGAUGGAGAUCCUGAAGAAGUGGGUAGGAAGGCAGAACUAACUCUGAAGUGCCUUACAGAAGUGGUACAUAUCCUUCUUAGUAGCAAUUCUGAUCAGCGUCAAGUGGAAACCAGUACUAUUCUGGAGAACUAUUUUAAAUUGCUAAAUUCAGAUCAUUCAGCUUUACCUAAUCAAAGAAGGUCCAGACAGUGGGAAAACCGAUUUAUUGCUCUACAGAUCAAAAUGCUGAAUACCAUCACAGCCAUGUUAGAUUGUACAGAUAGGCCUGUUCUUCAGGCCAUUUUUCUUAACAGCAAUUGCUUUGAACAUCUCAUACGACUGCUACAGAACUGCAAGGUGUUUCAGGGACAAUUGGAUUGUUUGGCCAUAUCAACCAUUCAGGCUUUGACAGCAGUAAUGAACAAAUCUCCAGCUGCUAAGGAAGUAUUUAAAGAAAGAAUUGGUUAUACACAUAUGUUUGAAGUAUUAAAAUCCCUGGGUCAGCCACCACUGGAAUUACUUAAAGAACUUAUGAAUAUGGCUGUAGAGGGUGACCACACUUCAGUUGGAAUUUUGGGCAUUAGUAAUGUCCAACCUCUCUUGCUUCUUAUCCAGUGGCUUCCAGAACUACAAUCCCAUGACCUGCAAAUCUUCAUCUCUGAUUGGCUGAAAAGAAUUUGUUGUAUUAAUAGACAGAGUCGAACUACUUGUGUCAAUGCAAACAUGGGGAUUAGAAUCAUUGAAACCCUUGACUCGCAUUCUUCCCUCCAUCAAACUUGUGCUGAGAACUUGAUUGCAAUCCAUGGUUCCUUGGGGAGUCAGUCAGUGAGCUCAGAAGAAAUCCGUCGACUACUAAGAUUGCUGAGAGUGGAUGAAUCUGAGUCUAUUCACCCUUAUAUCACUCCUGUGACUCGAGCAAUCCUGACAAUGGCUCGAAAACUAAGUCUAGAGAGUGCCCUCCAAUAUUUUGAUUUGUCACAUAGUAUGGCAGGAAUUUCUGUGCCUCCCAUACAGAAAUGGCCGGGGUCCGCCUUUUCUUUCAGUGCUUGGUUUUGCUUAGAUCAGGAUCAAUUGACUCUUGGCAUUGCUAACAAAGGAGGGAAAAGGAAACAAUUGUACAGUUUUUUUACAGGAAGUGGCAUGGGUUUUGAAGCCUUUAUUACCCAUUCAGGUAUGUUGGUCGUGGCAGUGUGCACAAAAAGAGAAUAUGCAACGGUUAUGCUUCCUGACCACAGUUUCUGUGAUUCCCUCUGGCACAACAUAACUAUUGUCCACAUGCCUGGAAAAAGGCCCUUUGGUCAGAGCUUCAUCUAUAUCUAUGACAAUGGACAACAGAAGGUUUCUGCCCCUCUCAGAUUUCCUGCCAUGAAUGAACCCUUUACUUCCUGUUGCAUUGGUUCAGCUGGGCAAAGAACCACCACUCCUCCGCCAUCCCAAAUCCCAGAUCCACCUUUCUCUUCUCCCAUUACCCCUCAUCGGACAUCAUUUGGUGGAAUUCUGUCAUCAGCCUCCUGGGGAGGAACAAUUGAAAAAUCAAAAUUGAUUACCAAAUUGAUAUCAGCUGGAACCCAAGACAGUGAAUGGGGGUGUCCCACAUCUCUGGAGGGUCAGCUAGGAUCUGUUAUCAUCUUCUGUGAAGCACUACAACCUCCUCAGGUGAAGGCAUUAUAUUUAGCAGGUCCAAAUUGUUUAAGCCCUUGGAAGUGUCAAGAGUCUGACAUGGCCGACCUGCCUGGUAACAUCCUUCUUUACUACACAGCAAAGGCCUGCAAAAAUUCAAUUUGUCUUGAUUUAUCUACUAAUUGUUUACAUGGAAGAUUAACAGGAAACAAAGUAGUGAACUGGGACAUUAAGGAUAUCAUAAACUGCAUAGGCGGGUUAAAUGUACUCUUUCCUUUAUUGGAACAAAUCAGCCACUUUAGUGAAGGACAGAUUCCUGAAGAAAAGAAUGAAAGCACCGUUCCUGAAUCAAUAACACCUGUUGAAGGAGAUUGGCUCGUAUUGACUUCCACAAAGGCCUCAGAGUCAAGACUAGAGAGAAACCUAGUUGCAACAUUUAUCUUGAUUGUGAAACAUUUUAUUCAGAGACAUCCUAUCAAUCAGGACAAUCUUAUUCACUCCCAUGGAGUUGCAACUCUUGGUACUUUACUUCAGAAGGUGCCAAGCACCUUGAUGGAUGUUAAUGUAUUGAUGGCAGUUCAGUUACUAAUUGAACAAGUAUCAUUAGAGAAAAAUACGCAGCUCCUGCAACAAAUGUAUCAAUAUUUACUCUUUGACUUCCGUAUUUGGAACCAUGGAGAUUUUCCCUUUCGAAUUGGUCACAUACAGUAUCUUUCAACCAUCAUUAAAGACAGCAGGAGAGUUUUCCGAAAGAAGUAUGGUGUGCAGUUUCUCCUAGAUACACUUAGGAUUUAUUAUGGGAAUGGUUGUAAAUAUAAUGAGUUAUCUCUAGAUGACAUUCGAACAAUAAGGACUUCUUUGUAUGGACUAAUUAAAUAUUUUCUGUGCAAAGGUGGAUCUCAUGAAGAGAUACAAAGUAUUAUGGGGUACAUAGCUGCUACUAAUGAAGAAGAACAGCUCUUUGGAAUUUUGGAUGUGCUCUUCAGUCUCCUACGUACCAGCCCAACUAGAGGUCAGCUUUUCUUACUGCUCUUUGAACCAGGAAAUGCUGACAUACUGUAUGCAUUGCUCUUAAAUCAGAAGUACUCUGACAGACUAAGAGAAAUCAUUUUUAAGAUUAUGGAACAAAUGUUGAAAUGCACGAAUGUUUAUGAGCGUAGUAAACAACAUAUUCGACUCAGAGAAGUUGGCUACUCAGGACUGGGACUCCUUCUUAAUGAAGCACUUAUUAAUACUUCUCUUAUUAAAAACCUCACCCAUCAAAUCAUAAAUACAGAUCCUGUUAUUAAUUUUAAAGAUCUACUAUCUGUGGUAUAUAUAUCUCACAAAGCACAUAUAAAUGUUAGAGUGGCCAUCUGCAGAAAGGUUUUACACAUUUUGCAGUCCCAGCCAGAUGCAGCACAUCAAAUAUCACAACAAGUUGGUUGGCAAGACACCUUAGUUAGGCUUUUUUUAAAAGCAAAAUUUGAAAACGGAAAUACUCUUCAUAAGCACAGUAGAACUAUUUUAAUGAAAGACAAUGAUAAAAAUAUGUCAACUGAAGAUACUAAGAAGAACUUUGAUGAAAAAACAGAUGAGGAAAAAAUCACCUCUUUUGCCUCAGUUAAUGUGUCUUCAGAUCAGUGGAGUUUGGAGGAUAGACACUCUUUAGACUCAAACACACCAUUAUUUCCAGAAGAUAGCUCUGUGGGAGAAUUGUCUUUCAAAUCAGAGAAUCAAGAAGAAUUCUGGCAUAGGAACCCUUCACAUUUGAGUUUAGACCUCAGUGGAAUUGACUCAUGUGAAAUGAGUGAUAGUGGAAGUCAAGUGCCAGACAGUCUGCCUAGCACACCAUCCCCAGUAGAGUCUACUAAAUCGUUUUCUGUGCACUCUGACAAAGAAAGCAGCAUCACAAAUGAUAUGGGCUUUAGUGAUGACUUCUCUUUACUUGAAAGCCAAGAGAGAUGUGAGGAGGAGCUUCUUCAAUUACUGACACAUAUUUUGAAUUACGUAAUGUGUAAGGGACUAGAGAAGUCUGAUGAUGAUACGUGGAUUGAACGAGGACAAGUGUUUUCAGCACUGAGUAAACCAGGAAUAUCCAGUGAACUACUUCGACCAUCAGAUGAAAUAAAACUAACUUUGCUCCAAAAGAUGUUAGAAUGGGCAGUCUCAGAAAACAGAGAAGCAAAAACUAAUCCAGUAACUGCUGAAAAUGCCUUCCGACUAAUGCUGAUCAUACAGGACUUUCUUCAGUCAGAGGGACUAGUUAAUUCAAACAUGUGGACUGAGAAGCUUUUAGAGGAUUUGAUGCUGCUCUUUGACUGUCUGUCAGUCUGCUAUUCUGAAAGUCCAGUAUGGGUAAAACUGUCUCAAAUUCAGAUCCAGUUGCUUCUAGGAUUCAUUGGAAGGGGUAAUUUGCAGGUUUGUGCAAUGGCAUCAGCUAAGCUAAAUACCCUUCUUCAGACCAAAGUGAUUGAAAAUCAGGAUGAAGCGUGUUACAUUUUAGGGAAGCUGGAACAUGUUCUAAGUCAAUCAAUCAAGGAACAGACUGAAAUCUACUCGUUCCUGAUUCCCCUUGUUCGUACCCUGGUUUCCAAAAUUUAUGAACUUCUCUUCAUGAACUUGCACCUCCCUUCUUUACCUUUUACCAAUGGUAGCUCCUCAUUUUUUGAAGAUUUUCAAGAAUAUUGUAAUUCAAAUGAAUGGCAAGUUUACAUUGAAAAAUAUAUUGUACCUUAUAUGAAGCAGUAUGAAACUCAUACAUUUUACGAUGGUCAUGAGAACAUGGCACUUUAUUGGAAGGAUUGUUAUGAAGCUUUAAUGGUAAAUAUGCAUAAACGAGACCGGGAAGGAGGGGAAAGCAAGCUCAAAUUUCAGGAACUGUUUGUGGAGCCAUUUAAUCGAAAAGCACGCCAAGAGAACCUCAGGUAUAAUAAUAUGCUUAAACAACUUAGCAGUCAACAGUUAGCCACUCUUAGACGCUGGAAAGCAAUACAGCUCUAUCUUACAUGUGAAAGGGGACCUUGGGCUAAAAGGAAACAGAAUCCAAUUCAUUGGAAGCUAGCUAAUGUAGAGAAUUAUUCCCGCAUGAGACUUAAGCUGGUACCGAAUUAUAAUUUCAAAACCCAUGAGGAAGCUAGUGCCUUGAGAGAUAAUCUGGGUAUCCAACACUCACAGCCUUCCAGUGAUACAUUGCUUUUGGAAGUAGUGAAACAAGUAAAAGUUAGUGAUAUGGAGGAGGAUAAAUUAGACCUUCCUGAAGAGGAUAUAUCAGCUAGAGUAAAUGUUGAUGAGAAAGAAGAACAGGAUCAAAAAGAAAAAUUGGUAUUGAUGGAAGACUGUGAACUCAUUACAAUAAUUGAUGUAAUUCCUGGCAGAUUAGAAAUCACUACUCAACACAUUUACUUCUAUGAUGGCAGCAUUGAAAAAGAAGAUGGAGUAGGUUUUGAUUUCAAGUGGCCUCAUUCUCAAAUUCGAGAGAUUCACCUCCGGCGUUACAACUUAAGAAGAUCAGCCCUUGAGAUUUUUCAUGUUGACCAAUCCAACUACUUUCUCAAUUUCAAAAAAGAGGUUAGAAACAAAAUAUAUAGUAGACUGUUGUCACUUCAUUCUCCAAAUAGUUAUUAUGGAAGCAGAUCACCACAGGAGUUAUUCAAAGCAUCAGGAUUGACACAGAAAUGGGUAAACAGAGAGAUAUCAAAUUUUGACUUACCUCCAUUCAAAUUUCCCUGGAUUUUACAAGAUUAUACUUCAGAAGAGUUGGACCUUAAUAACCCUGCAGUAUUUCGAGAUCUUUCCAAACCAAUUGGGGUAGUUAAUGAAAAAAAUGCCAAAGCUAUGCGAGAAAAAUAUGAAAAUUUUGAGGAUCCUAUGGGAACUAUUGAUAAGUUUCACUAUGGUACUCACUAUUCAAAUUCUGCAGGGGUCAUGCACUAUCUCAUUCGUGUAGAACCAUUCACCACCCUCCACAUCCAACUUCAGAGUGGAAGGUUUGACUGUGCAGAUCGGCAGUUCCAUUCUAUUCCUGCAACCUGGCAAGCUCUCAUGGAUAAUCCAUAUGAUGUGAAAGAACUUAUUCCUGAAUUCUUCUAUUUCCCAGAGUUUUUGGAAAAUCAAAAUCAAUUUAACUUGGGUCGUCUACAAGUUUCCAGAGAAUUAGUAAAUGAUGUCAUUCUCCCCAAAUGGGCUAAAUCAGCUGAAGAUUUCAUCUAUAAACAUAGGAAAGCUUUGGAGUCUGAAUAUGUUUCAGCUCAUCUUCAUGAAUGGAUAGAUCUGAUCUUUGGCUAUAAACAGAGGGGACCAGCUGCAGUAGAGGCACUCAACGUUUUCUAUUAUUGUAGUUACGAAGGAGCUGUGGAUCUGGAUGCCUUAACAGAUGAGAAAGAAAGAAAAGCCUUAGAAGGGAUGAUUAAUAAUUUUGGGCAAACACCUUGUCAGUUAUUAAAGGAACCACACCCUCCAAGAUUAUCAGCAGAAGAAGCUGUGCAGAAGCCGACCAAAAUAGACACUUCAACCCUAAACCUGUUUCAACACCUUCCUGAACUCAAGUCAUUUUUUAUAGAGGGGAUUAGUGAUGGUAUUCCACUAUUAAAGGCCACCGUCCCCAAAAAUCAGUAUCGUUCUUUUAUGUCUCAAGGCAGCCCUGAGUUACUGAUAACAAUAAGCAUGAAUUCUGUUAUUGGAACCCAUGGAUGGUUGCCUUAUGACAGAAACAUUUCUAAUUACUUUACAUUCAUCAAGGAUCAAACUGUGACAAAUCCAAAAACUCAGCGCAGUAUGAAUGGUCCUUUUGCUCCCGGGCUAGAGGUCACUUCUAAGCUAUUUGUAGUAUCACAUGAUGCAAAGUUGCUCUUCAGCGCUGGAUACUGGGAUAAUAGCAUUCAAGUGAUGUCACUUACAAAAGGCAAAAUUAUCUCACACAUCAUCCGGCAUAUGGAUAUUGUGACUUGCUUAGCUACAGAUUACUGUGGAAUACAUUUGAUUUCUGGUUCCAGAGAUACUACAUGUAUGAUAUGGCAAAUAACACAACAGGGAGGUGUUCCUGUGGGCUUAGCAUCUAAACCUUUUCAGAUUCUUUAUGGACACACCGAUGAGGUAUUGAGUGUCGGCAUCAGCACUGAGCUAGACAUGGCAGUGUCGGGAUCAAGGGAUGGAACGGUGAUGAUACAUACCAUUCAGAAAGGUCAGUACAUGAGGACUUUACGACCACCUUGUGAGAGUUCUCUGUUCCUGACCAUUCCUAAUUUGGCUAUAUCUUGGGAAGGACAUAUUGUUAUCUACUCCAGCAUUGAAGAAAAGACCACCCUCAAGGAUAAGAAUGCAUUACAUCUGUUUUCUAUAAAUGGCAAGUAUCUAGGGUCUCAAAUCCUGAAGGAACAAGUAUCAGAUAUAUGUAUAAUUGGAGAACACAUUGUCACAGGCAGCUUACAAGGAUUCCUGUCUAUAAGAGAUCUCCACAGUUUGAAUCUCAGCAUCAACCCAUUAGCUAUGCGACUGCCUAUCCAUUGUGUUUGUGUAACCAAAGAAUGCAGCCAUAUUCUUGUAGGUUUAGAAGACGGCAAAUUGAUUGUAGUGGGUGUUGGCAAGCCUGCUGAGAUGCGUUCAGGUCAGCUUUCUCGAAAAUUGUGGGGAUCGAGCAAGCGGCUCAGCCAGAUUUCAGCUGGAGAAACUGAAUAUAAUACUCAAGAUUCCAAGUGACUGUUACUUCAUUUUUCUGUUAUGAUUACUGAAACCUUAUUUAUUGCUUUGUUGCUUUAACCACAUCUCUCAACUCUCUGCAAUGUUGCAAGGCUUUUAUCCCUGAAAAUCAUUUACAGAUAACCACAAUUUGCUGUGGUAUAUAAACUAAUUCUUGGUCUAUACUAAGAUGUAUUUGAGAAAAUACAUUUGAUUUGAUUUAGUGGCCUAUUCCUAAAGGUCAUUGUAUCCAUUUUUAAAACAAACCUAAAAUGAGAAAAUUAGGUUUAAAUUGCUUGUUAUUCCAAAUGAUAAAAUUUAAGAUUUUUCUAAUAAAAGAUUACAGAUAAUGGGACAGUUGAGAGAGAUGGCUUUAAAUACAUUCUUAAGUAAUCAUUUUUCUAUUUACUGACCACUGUAAUGAAAACAUACCAAUUUAUUUAUGGAACUCCUGAUUGGGGAUAAUAUUUUAAAGGUAUCUGUUGCACACUUGGAUUUUCAAAACUCAGUAAAAGUUACAGGUUUGCAUGGUGAGAAUAAAAUAAGAAUAUUGAAACUGGCACAUUAGCUAAUUCUACUACUACUAGCAUGUUACUAAUGAGAAGUUACUGAAUUCUAUUAUUGUCCUUAAAUAAUAAAAAUUGAGUAGAAAAAAGUGGAACUAGAGAUACAUUUUACAGAUGUAUUUCCUUAAUGAUAUAAUUAAGCACAAGUGCUAAUUGUGAUUUUGACAGUUGGGUCUUUUAAGUAGCAUUUGCAACACAAUUUACAUUUGCAAAGUUCAAAAUUUCUUGACUCUUUCUUCACCAAGCAAAUAAUACCCAAAUAUGUUGAAUUUUCACUUAGGAUAUCUGUGUGAUUGAUGAAUGAAUUGAAAAGAUAUACAUAACUUAAAAUAAUCUUUUAUAUAUAGUAAUUUAAAAUUUUCUAUUUCAUGUUUUAGGAUUAUAGCUAAUUUUAUUAUGUAAUGUUAAAUGUUAAGUUGUGCUUGAUUAUUAAGAUCUUAAAGUAAAAGUCUGAUUAAUUUGGAGUUCAAAGACAUUGUUAAACUUAGAUUUUUUGUAAGGUUAUCUUUUGAGUUGGGUCAGAGAGCUUUUACAACUACCAGUGUUAAUAAUCUGAGAUUUCAUGUGUUUGGGAGAACUUGUGAAUCCCUCUGAAACUGUGCAGAGAUUUUGUAUGUUAAAUGCAUUUUCAGGAAGGAAUGGUUACAUGGCUUUCUUUAAAGGGAUCUGUGACCAGUAAUAAUAUUAGUUUUUGUUCCACAAAUCAUAGAUGUCCUUAUAUCCAACUGUCUUCUCAGUUGAAUUUUAAGAGAAAUUUUUCCUUUGCAAUUUCGCUUUCCUGUUGACCACAGUAUCCAGUGCCCUUUUCUUUAUAAUCUUUUGAGUGAGUAAAAAAAAAUUUAAGAAAUAAAGGAUUCUGUUUAGGGAAACUUUUGAAUAGAUUCGAUUUGAUGUGAGUCAGGGCUAAUAAAAAGCUAUAGAAGAAUUUUCUUUCCAAUAAGUAAAAAUCCUCUGUUUUAUUAAGGAAAAAAUACCUAUGUUUUAGGUAAAUAACUGAAAUAAACUGGUACAACAAUUUUAAAAUAGAA